AGUCAAAGAGAGAAGGCAUGUAUUGUGGAAAAAAGUGGAGAAGUUUCUGGCAUGUACUGUGGAAAAUUCAUUGCGCGUUGGAGACAACUGUAUACGCGUGUUCCACUUCCACUUCCACAUAUGGGAUGGGUAUCCGUAUCAUGGUAGUACUCAAAUAGAGAAAAGGUAUAAGGGCAAUCCGCAUGGUAUAAAGAAAAGAAUAAAAGAGAGGCAUUCACUUGGCAAGUUGGUAUUAGAGGACAGUCAGGAGGAGACAACUGUAAAGUACCUUUGUGGAAAACGCGUGUUCCACUCCCACUUCCACUUACACAUAGGAUGGUAUCAGGGUAGUACUCACACAGACACAAACUUUUUUUUGAGGUUGGCCUCUCACCCCUCUCUCAGCCAUAUAGCCACCGCUGCUGCUGCUCUGCUUCUUCUUCACAGCCACCGCUGCCGCUGUUCUGCUUUUUCUUCGCCGCCCAGCUGUCGCUACUGGUUCACAAUGACUGUAAUUGAUAUAAUCCUAUACUACGGUGGUCCGCUUAACAAUGUCAAUGCGAACGAGGGAUUGCCAUUUGAAGGACCGGGUAUAAAGUGCUAUUAUACUCAAAUUGAUCAUAGGUUGAAGACCCUUAAUGAUUUAAAGAUGAUGGUUAUGGAAGAAUUGUGUGUGAACCCUACUUUGUACGACAUACAAAUUAUUUUUCGUUCUCCACAUGAAGUCCUCAAGGAUCGGAUUAAUUACAAGUAUAUGACGAUAGAAGCAGACAAACAUGUGAAGAUCAUGUUUGACAAGAUGGAAAGGAUAACCCAACUAAGUGCUAUUGAGUUGUACAUAAAGUUGGAGUUGCGUGCAGAAGUUGGUGCCGAGGGAAUCCAACAAACAAUCACAAGUUUACAAGUCACAGUUCCAGAUGCUCAAUAUGACUGUAGUAAAACUGAUGCAGACAAUGCUAUUAGUGUCCAGAACAUUAUGAACACAAUCUCUGCCUACACAUUUCCUGCCUUGUCAUUCUCUGCAAAUACUAGGGCAAAUAUGGAACGAAGAACAAAUGUACAGAUCCCAUCAAUGGCUUCCCUGAACAAUGAAGGAGCCAGCUUUUCUUCUUCCACUCGCCGAUGGGAGUAUGCUGUCUUCUUGAGCUUUAGAGGUGAAGAUACCCGCGAAGGUUUUACUAGUUACUUAUAUAUGGCUUUGUGCAACAAAGGCAUUAACACCUUCAUCGACGAUAUUGAUCUUCCGAAAGGAGAAGAAAUUUCGGAAAAACUUAUCCAAGCCAUCAAAAAUUCAUCGAUUUUGGUUAUUGUCUUCUCUGAAAACUACGCAGAGUCCAAAUGGUGCUUGGAUGAACUUGCUGAGAUUGUUGAGUGUAGAGAAAAGGACCAGGAGGUUCAAAUUCGUCCAAUUUUUUACAAUGUUGAUCCAUCAAAAAUACGAAAUCAAAAUGGAAACUUUGGAAUUGCACUGGCUAAUCAUGAAAAGAAGUUCAAGAAUAACAAGGACAAGGACAAGGUGCAGAGGUGGAGGGAUGCUCUAAAAAAAGCAGCUAAUGCAUCUGGAUGGCAUUAUAAGAAAGGUUGUGCUCCAUAUAAAUCUGAAUCAGACUUCAUCCAAAACAUUGUUGAAGAGAUAUCAAAUGCUAAAUUAAAUUGGAUGCCAUUAUAUGUUGCUGAAUACCUAGUUGGAAUAAAUUCUCGUGCAAAGGCCAUAGAGUCACUUUUAGAUAUUGGGUUAGAUGAAGUUUGCAUGGUAGGGAUGUAUGGCCUUCCCGGAGUAGGAAAGACUACAAUCGCAAAAGCUGUUUAUAAUAAAAUUGCUAAACAUUUUGAUGGAAGCAGCUUUUUAGAGAAUGUUAGAGAAAAUUUAAGGACAAAUGUUGGCAUAAUCAAACUACAAAAGCAACUUCUUAAUGACAUCUCAAGGGAUGGAAAAUGGAAAGUGGGCAACAAUUCUAAAGGAAUCACUUUGAUAGAGGAGACACUUCGCUGCAAAAAGGUUCUUUUAAUUCUUGAUGAUGUCGAUGAUUCGACACCAAUAAAAAAUUUUCUUGGAAAAUGUAAUUGGUUUGCUCCCGGAAGUAGAGUCAUUAUAACAUUACGAGAUAGACACUUGUUAACUGCCCUUAAAGAAAAUGUUUGUACAACUUACAAGGUCAAGGAAUUUAAGGUCGGGCAAUUAAACAAACACGAAGCUCUUCAACUCUUUAAAGAGCAUGCCUUUCCUAGAAACAAACCUCAUGAUGAAGAUUAUUCUAAACUUGCAACUAAAUUCAUAGAUUUUGCUAAUGGCCUUCCACUUGCUCUAGAAAUAAUAGGUCGUGAUUUGUGUGGAAGACCUAAAGAUGAAUGGGAAAGUGCAUUAAAUAUGUAUAAGAAAAUUCCCAAGGAGGACAUUCAAAAGAAACUUCAAGUGAGUUAUGAUGGAUUGCAAGACACUGAGAAAGAUAUUUUUCUCGAUAUUGCAUGUUUCUUCAAAGGAUGGGGCAAAGGUUAUGUUGAAAAGAUAUUAGAUGCAUGUGAAUUAUAUCCAGGUUAUGGUAUUCCGAGACUUGUUGAUAAAUGUCUCAUAACCAUUGAUCAAUAUGGUACAUUGUCAAUGCAUGACUUGAUACAACAAAUGGGCAGGGAAGUUGUUCGACAACAAGCACCAAAAAUCCUUGGAGAACGUAGUAGGUUAUGUUGUUAUAAGGAUUCGCUUGAAGUACUAACUAGAAAUAAGGGAUCAGAAAAAAUUCGAGGCAUAAUGUUGCAUUCGCCCCAAUCGGUAAAAGUGCAACUACACACGGAAGCUUUCAAAAAGAUGGAAAAUCUCAAAUUUCUAAUAGUUGAGAAUGUAUAUAUUUGUGAACCACUUGAAUUUCUUCCCCACAGUCUAAUAUUUCUUAUGUGGCCCCAUUAUCCUUUUCACUGGCCAUCUGAAUAUUUUCCUGAACAACUUGUUGCUAUUGAGAUGCCAUAUAGUUGCAUUAGAUUGCCAAAGCUAAUCACGCAGGAGCGUCCCUUAGAAAAUUUGAUAAAUGUCAAUCUCAAUGGUUGUAAAUUUAUUACGGAAUUACCUAAAUUAUGGGCCCCAAAUUUAGAGAGUUUGGAGCUUGGUGGCUGUAAAAAUUUAGUUAAAUUAACUGAAUUAGGGGCCCCAAAUUUAAAGUACUUGGACCUCUCUCGUUGUGAAAAUUUAGUUAAAUUAACUGAAUUAGGGGCCCCAAAUUUAGAGGAUUUGGACCUCUCAGGUUGUGAAAAUUUAGUUGAGAUUGAUGAAUGCUUUGGAUCUCUUGAAAACCUUACAACAUGGGUUCUCAAUGGUUGUAGAAAACUUCAAAUUCUUCCAAGCCAGCUCAGGUUGAAAUCUCUUUAUUCUUUUUCUCUUUGUCGUUGCUCAAGCCUUGAGAAGCUCCCUAAUUUUCAUCCAGAAAUGGAAUGUUUAAAGACUUUAUAUUUAGAUGAGAGUUGUAUUAGAGAGGUGCCUUCAUCAAUCGAGCAUCUCACUAAGCUUGAGGAAUUAUUCCUUUUAGAGUGCGAAAACCUUCGGGAUCUUCCAGAUAGCAUUUAUAAAUUGCAACAGCUUCGGGUAUUGUCGAUCCCUACUGGCAAAUUGAGACCGACGUGCGAUUCUUUUGAUGGCUCUUCCGGAUAUGGGUUUGUGAACCUGACAGAUUUGAAUCUCUAUGGAUGUGAAGGCAUAAUUGAAUUAGAUCUUUUGAUGAAGCCUGAUUACUUCCCCGCAUUGGAAAGUAUAUUUCUAUCUUCUACCAAUAUUGUUACCAUCCCUGAAAGCAUUAGCAAAUUUCGCAGAUUAAUACAACUUUCUGCUAGGAAUUGCAAGCUUCUUCGUGAAAUUCAAGGACUUCCACAAUCAAUAAGUUGGGUUGAAGUGAAUAAUUCCAUGUUGUUGAAUACCUCACCAAGCGGGCUAUUUAAUCAGGUAAUAGGAAUUAUUGGGAUUUUACCAAAUAGAGUAUGUGGUAGGGCAAGAAGCAACAAAUUAAUGGAUCUGCAGUUCUCCAAUAAUUUACCAAAUAGAGAAUGUGGUUGGGAUACUGAAUUUUGGGGAGAGAGCUUUGAUGGCUUUCAUUGUGCUAUUAGUUUUUCGGGAACUGAGAUGCUGAAAUGGUUUAAUCAUCGAAGUGUUGAUAACUCCAUAUUUUUCUUUGUUGGUCGCAAUUUUCCAAAAUUGGUUGUCUGUAUUGUUCCUGGACCAUGGGGCUUUCAUGGCUUUGUUGAAAUUUCCAUCAAUGGUUAUGAAAAUCGUGAAUAUCAGUCUAUUGAUCUAGAGGGAGAUACACGAUAUUCAUGUUCAGGAAAUUCAUGUCCACAAUAUUUAUUUUCUCUAACUCAAUGGUCUCUGCUACAGAGACAUUUGAAUGAAUCAAAUCCAACUGACCAGAAUCUUGUUAAGGUUUCAACUAGAUAUAAGUCAGAUGACACCUGUAAUUCUAUAAAAAUGUGGGGGGUCCACGUAGAAUGCACCUGUCCUCCUCAAGAAGAUGAAGCUGUUGAUUAUGGGUAUUCUAUAAAAGGUUGUGGGUCGAAGAAACAGAGGACACGUUGAUGAACUCUGAAGAAAUAUGCAGUUGACUAGGAUGGUUGCGGUUGAAGUCACUGGCAGGCUCUGUCUGAAGGUUAUGAGCUAUAAGCAUCUCAAACUUCAUGGCAUUCUGUGAACUGAAGACAAGGGCAGUGAAGCAAAUUUUGUGUGGAACCUUUAAAAAAAAAAAAUCUUUUGAUGAGCCCUCUACACUGAGGUAAACUUGAAGCUCCUUCUCUGCACAUUGAUGAAGUCACUUAGACCCAGACUUGGCUGCAUUACAAAUACAGGAUGACACAUUUUGUUUCCUUCAAGUUGGAAGAAGUGACAAACCUUUCAAGUACUCAAAGAAUUGCCUCUUGGCAUACUUGUCCUCAGGUAAAUAAUAUCCAUAGACAUUUGUCCAUUUAAGAACUUGCUUCAAUUCAACUUUCUGCAUCAACAACAUAUUUGAUGAGAACAAGGAGGGUUUGUGCUUUACCUGGAAUAGACUCAGGUAUCAGGGGUGCUACAAGAGAUUCAAACUUCAGUUCUAUUCAGUUAAGCGUAUUGGAUGAGAAUGAACUUAUUAAUUGUAUCAAUAGAGGACUUGAGCAUUGGUUUCAAAGCAACUUUCAGGAAUUGCUCUAUUUGCUACAUUCACAGUGCACAAGCAUCCAACUCUCAUUCUUGACAAUUCAGCUACAGAAAUUUCUCAUGGCUUUUCUUGUUCUUUGAGAAGUGACAUGGGCAACUGGACAGUGUCAAAUAAACAUUACAUCACUGAGUCUGAACACAACAAAUUUAUUUGGUUAAAGCAACGUAAGAUCAUGCAUGUACCUCAUGCUCGAUUUUCAGAGAAGUUGAAUUGUAGCAAUCUCUUAACUGCUUUAUUUGGUAGUGAUAGCCAAGACUUGAUGGUGCAGAACUGUGGUUACAUUCUUGUGUACCAGCAAAAUGUGGGAGAGUUGGUGCAAACAUUAGUCCAAUGCUCAACCAUGUUUUUUGAUAAUUCCGAUCUCAUCCAUCAAUUUACUGCUCAUCAAUCUAGAACAAAGCAGCAGAGCCAUGAUGAUGACAAUGUUGAGGGGGAAACCAGUGGAACUGGUGGAUCUAAUGGGACAUUGAGAGUGCCACAUUAUCAGGAAAAAGUUUGUGCAACUUGCUAUCAAAAAUUCAUUGAUGCUGGGGGGGCCAACCCAUUAUUGUCAGCGUUGAGAACGCUCUAAGGAAUUUCAUUUAUACUAUCCAUGUGAUCGUUGCUUCCCUCCAACUAAGAUUCCAGAGUUAUUCAGCCAUUACGCUUAUGGAUCCUCAAUGACAAUCCAGUUACCUUCAAAUUUGCAUAAUGAUUCUAAUUGGCUGGGAUUUGCUAUAUGUGUUGCAUUUUCAGUCCAAGAGUAUCCAACUGAGUUUCUUGACAAUCUGGAAACUGAAAUUCCCCACCACCUUAGUUGUCUGUUUGAUAUGGAUAUAGGUGGUUUGAAACCUCUCCAUGUAUAUAACACCUUUAAAGAAGAACUCAGGUGGUUACAGCUACAUGGAUUCAUUUGGCUAUCCUAUAUACCAUAUUGGUGGCUUUCAGAUAAGAUAAAUCAAUGCAACCACAUAGAGGUCUCAAUUGCAAGCGACUGGCCAGGCUGGAUUGUACGGAAGUGUGGACUUCGUCUUGUGUACCUACAAGAUGAACAAGAGUUUUGGCAAAUUCGAUUCCACUUGAGGACUUCACUUUAUGACAAUUGGGACAUCAUUCAUGAAGAUUUAGUGUAACACCGACCAUUAAAAUCAUCCUCAAAAGCAUCCUCAAAUCAAACAUUCUCUAUGAAUAAAUGUUUUCCUCAAAGUGAAAUUCCAGAAUGGUUUAGGCAUCAAAGUACAGGCCCUUCUCUGUCUAUCCAGCUACCUUCAAAUUUCAGUAAUGCUAGUACUUGGAUGGGACUAGUUUUAUGUGCUUCAUUUUCAGUCCAUGAGCAUCCAACUAUCACAAGUGAUAAUCUGGAUUCAGACAUAUCCCACCACCUUAUUUGUCAUUUGGAUGCUGAGAAAGGUAGCCUAGAAUCUCCCCUUCUCUAUCAAAUCACUGAAGAGAACUUCACGUGUUUAAAUAUACAGGGAUUCAUUUGGCUAUACUACAUACCUCGUGCCACGAUGGUGAAUGUGUGGGCAACGUUUCUUAUACCAUCAAGAUGUGGAAGAGUUUGAGCAAACGAUCAUUAAGUGCUCUACUGUGCCUUUUUACAAUAUGGAACUCAUCCAUCAAUCAGUAGCUAGUGAUUCUCCAAAUGAUAAGCCAAAGAAUGAAGCUGGUUGUUCAUACAAGGAUCCAAACCUUGGAAGGUUGAGAAGACCCAUUUACCCAGAGCAAAGCAGUAGAAAUAGCAUCUAUCUUGAAGAUCAAAACCCUGAUAAUCAACUCAGCAAAAGUGAUUUACAGGAAUUUGAUCGAAGUUUGGUAUAUAAUUCUUGUUUUCCUCCAAGUGAAAUUCUUGAGUGGUUCAACCAUCGUAGUGGCAAGCCACCAGUGACAAUCCAUCUACCUCCAAAUUUAUAUGAUGAUAGUACUUGGAGGGGACUCGCUCUAUGUGUUUCUUUCUCAGUCAACAUCAAGGAUCCUACUGCCAUCCUAGACAUUCUUAAUUCAGAAAAUGCCCAUCAUCUUUAUUGCCAUUUGGAAAGCAAUGUUGGUUCUUUGGAACCUCUCCAUGCCUAUUGCCUUACUAAAGACGAUGUCAUGUUGUUACAUCUAGGUGGAUUCAUGUGGCUAUCCUAUAUACCACGUAGCUCAUUUCCAGAUUGGUCGAAUCAAUGUAAUCACAUUGAGGCUUCAAUUGUUAGCAAUUGCCCAGACUUGACAGUGAAGUGUGGAUUCUGUCUUGUACAUCAGCAUGAUGAGGAAGAGUUUUUUUUUUUUUUUUUUUUUCUUUGCUGAAUGAUGAGGAAGAGUUUAAGCAAACUACAAUGCACGGCUUGGCCUCAUUGUCUAACAAUUGGGGUCUCAUCCUUCAUUUGACGGCUCACAGUAGAAAAAGAAAUAAGCAAAACCUCUCCAUGCUUAAAGAGAAAGGCAAGCAUGUGCUAGAAUAGCAUCUCCUCUUAUUGUUCUGCUGCUUUUCUUAGCGGUUCUCCCUUCUGUUCUCAAUUACAAAUCUAACUGUACACUCAUAAUCUCUGCUGCUUAGUUAACUCAAUAUUGGUCUCAAGUAUCUUGUUCCUUGGACUAAUCUGAGCACUAUCUUUAGUUUUUGCAAUAAUAGGAGGCAACAAAGGCAUUGUCACUAAUAGUGAGCUGUUAAAAAUAUGCUUGAAUUUUAUUGGAAGGAACGAUUAAAAAUGAA